AUGGGGACCUCCCGGGACCUGCUGGGACCCAAGGGAUCCACGGGGACCUUCCAGGACCCACGGGGACCUCCCGGGACCACCCAGGACCUGCUGGGACCCCAGGGACCUACAGGGACCUCCCAGGACCUGCUGGGACCACGGGGACCACGGGGACCUCCUGGGACACGCGGGGACCUCCCGGGACCACCAGGACCCACAGGGACCUCCGGACCUGCUGGGACCCCGGGGACCCCCGGGGACCUCCCGGGACCACCAGGACCUCCAGGGCUCCCAGGACCUGCUGGGACCCAAGGGACCCACGGGGACCUCCCAGGACCCACAGGGGUCCUGGGAGCCACCAAAGCCCCCAGGAAGCCAACAGGAACCUCCAGGAAGCUCCAUUAG